UCAAUGAAAAUGUGCGAGAACGAGAAACGUUCUUCAAGUUCCGGGCCCGCUCGGGUGUUUUCCCCCGUCCGAUGUUGUUCUUUUCAUCUCUCCCUCCCCCACGUCCGUCUGAAGAGGUCGGGGAACCCUAGAGUUUGCUCAAAAGCAAGUAUCUGAAUGGGGAACGGUUUACUAUAAAACGAGGAUAGCACAGCACAGCACAGCACAGCACAGCAUAACACAGAACACGAACAACCAUGGCGCGAGAGCAUCUCUACCUCGCCUCGUCGGCCGUCUUGGGUACUUACAUCCUCUGGACCGCCGCCGAGACGUACGUCCGAUGGAGCCGCGACUCCCAUCUCACGUCCUCGCAUGCCCACGCCCAUCCCGUCCUCGCCCUGCUCCUCGCCCUGCCGACCAUGAUCCUGUAUAACAAGGCGCAGUACCUCUUCCGGAUGAAGGCGCGCGGCUGCGGCGAGGCGCCCGUGUUCCCGCACACGGACCCGAUCUUCGGCAGCGACUGGGUGCGGACCUCGCUCGCGCGGCAGCGGGACCACGGCCUGCUCGAGUGGUGGCAGGACUUGUUCGCGAAGCUGGGCUACACGUGGUGGGUGAAGACGCCGACGGGCUGGGCGAUCAUGACGAGCGAGCCUGAGAACCUCAAGGCGGUGCUGGCGGCCUCGUUCGACGACUUCCCCAUCACGGGGCCGAGGCGGGAGGCGGUGCUGCCGAUCUUGGGCCCGGAGGCCAUCUUCUCGGCCAACGGGGAGGUGUGGCACGGCGCGAGGGCCAUGAUGAGGCCGACGUUCGUGAGGGACCAGAUCGCGGACCUCGAGUGCUUCGAGAGGCACGUCGGCGACCUGAUUGCGAAUAUCCCGAGGGACGGCGGGACGGUGGACCUGCAGGCGCUGCUGUACAUGAUGACGAUGGAUUCAGCGACGGACUUUAUGUUCGGCCACUCAACUAACAUGCUGACGACGCCGUCGCCCGAGGCCCGCAAGUUCACGUCGACGUUCGAGUACAUCACGACCCGCGCGGCGGUCCGCUCGCGCCUCGGCCUGCUGACUUUCCUAGACAACGACAAGAAGUGGCACGAAGGGCUGAAGUUGAUCCACCGCUUCUGCGACAACUACGUCGAGCGCGUGCGCGCCGAGAACGAGGCCGGCGAGAAGAAGAAGGAGAAGGAGAAGAUGGAGGCGGCGGCAGAGAUGGAGACACAGGAUCCGAAGAGGGGCUAUGUGUUCCUCCACGAGAUGAUGGGCCGGCCCGGGAUGACGCCCGAGUACGUGCGCGCGCAGCUGCUGUCCAUGAUCCUGGCGGGCCGCGACACGACGGCCUCGACGCUGUCGGCACUGUUCUGGAUCCUGGCCCGGAGGCCGGACGUCGUGAGUCGGCUCAGGGCCGAGGUCGAGGGGCUCGAAGGACGGAGGCCGACGUGGGAGGAGAUGAAGGACAUGAAGUAUCUCAACAUGGUGCUCAAGGAAAUCUUACGACUCUACCCAACCGUCGCGAGCAUGUCGCGCGGUACGGCGCGGGACACGACGCUCCCCGUGGGCGGCGGGCCUGACGGCAAGUCGCCCGUCUUCGUCCCCAAGGACACGCCGGUGCGGUGGUCGCUGUUCUGUCUUCACCGGAGGAAGGACCUGUACGGCGAAGACGCGGACGAGUUCCGUCCCGAGCGCUGGGAGGAGAGGCGACCCUCGUGGGACUACCUCCCCUUCUCCGGUGGCCCCCGGAUCUGCAUCGGGCAGCAGUUCGCGCUGACGCAGAUGAGCUACUUUGUCGUGCGGAUGCUGCAGACGUUCGGGGACAUGGCGCCGAGGGACGAGAGGCCGAUGCUGCAGACGGUGGGGAUCACGACCAAGUUGCCCAACGACGUGCUGCUAAGCUUCACCCCGGCCUAGUUCCAAGGGACGGCGCGGCCUUCGUGAUGAGACUUUCUCGGCGUAGAGCCACUUGAAGCGGCGUGCAGUUGGUGUUGAGCUUUUAUGCAGGCCAGGCUUGGGUCGGUGCAAGUUGGGCUGUUUUUUUGGACGUGUUUGGGACGGUACCCUGUAAUUACGUCAGGAAUCGAUCGGGCAUGAUGAUACAAUGAGAUCCG